GCGCCGGCAAUCAAGGCGGGUGCUGCUCGACCGCCGACCGGCGGCGGUGGUGGUGGGGGCGUGAGGCCGCGGCGUACCGUGUAGGCGGGGCCAGCUCGGCGCGGGGCGAGGAGCAGCGGGAGGCGAGGAGUCGGAGCUUCCGGAGAUGGCCGGCGCAGGCGGGUUCCUCGCCGGCGUGAACGACCCCUGGCUCAAGCUGCGGCUGCUGCGGGCGGUGGUCGGCGAGCGGCUGCCGAAGCCUGGGGGGGACCUGCCGCCGGCGGAGCUCGCCACCGUCCUCGACGCGGUGCGCACGCACGGCCUCCUCACGGAGCGUCUCCCCGGAACGCACGACCCGAAACUCGCCGAGGCGUGGCGUGCCGCCGUGGACGCUUGGGUGGAGCGCAUUGGUGAGCUAGUGCAAAGCGACAUGCCAUGCAGUCGUUGGUUGGGUAUUUGCUUUCUUGGUCUGACAUUCCAGGAGUGCAGCAAUGAGCGAUUUGCAGAAUCAUACUCCAAUUGGUUUGAGAAAAUUCUUAGUAAUUUGCAGGGACCAUCUAGCGAGCAACUUGUUAUUAUAGUUUCUUGUACGUCCAUGUCUGAUUUAUUUGUAAGAAUGGCGAGGUGUUUGAACUUAAAGAAAGAGGCAUCUUCAUUUGCUGGAAGAGUUGUUGAACCUGUGCUGCUGCUUUUAAAUGGGAAUGGUCCAGUGGCUAAUGAAGCAGUUGAUUUGCUGAGGACAGUUAUUAAAUUGUACCCAUCUUCUGUAAAUCGGCACUACAAUAAAGUUGAAUCCUCCAUUGCAACAAAUGUAAUGAGUUCGGAAGUCAAUGUCAAACUAAAGGAGAAAUUCGUAAGAGCCUUAGCAUCAUUACCUUCUGUCCGAGUAUCUGAAGAGAGUUGGUCAUUGAUGAUUCAAAAGAUACUGAUUGUUGUAAAUAAUCUUUUGAAUGAUGCUUUUUUUGGGCUGGAAGAAGAAAAGAAAGGCCAUGAGAUUCUAAUGUUAUUAGUUCCACCUGGAAACGAUCCUCCACCAUUAUUGGGAGAUCAAACAAAGUGGUCUGGAGGGAAUGUGCAUGUUACUAAGAAAUUUCGUGUCUAUACUGUUCCUACAAUUUCAGCCCUUAUCCAUUGCUGUUGUGUGAUGCUGACUAGUUAUCAUCCAGUUCAGGUGAAUGUCCCCGUGCGCGCUUUGAUAGCUUUGACAUGGAGAGUUCUGUCAGUUGAUGGGUCAUUGCAUAGAAAAUUAUUCCCAUCAACAACCUCCUUGCACCAAGAGCUUAUUUGUUUUGAGCUUCCAUCAUUGCAUUCUACAUUCUUGGAUUUGCUCAGUUCAACAAUAAAAGGAAUGCGAAGCCAACUUUUGCCACAUGCCGCUAAUAUUGUUCGGCUCAUAACUAAAUACUUUGAAAUCGCGAGGUUGCCUACUACGAGGACAAAAGCAUACAUCAUUGUGCAGCAGUUACUGACAUCCAUGGGUGUUGGGAUAUCUAUUCACUUGCUUGAUGCCAUAGUAAGCAAUUCAGUUGCUGAUCUGGAUGACAGCUGUGGCCAAGAUAUGACUUCAUUAAGCACAAAACCUACAAUAGUGACAAACGAAUCGUCAUCAAAAAGUUAUUCCAAGAAGAGGAAGCAAGAAACAGAUGCACAAAAUUUACAUGUCUCAGGUUCAGAGAAAACAGCAAUCAGCCCUAAGAAAAGGAAAAAUUCUUCCUUGUCAACUACUCCUGAAACUACAGCUGAUGUUAGAAUGUUGACUCCACUCUCUGUGAAACUAGCAGCUCUUGAAACGUUGGAAAUUCUACUUAAUGUGGGGGGUUCCCUAAGGACAGAUCACUGGAGGGCAGAUGUGGAUUUGCUCCUAAUUAACAUAGCUAGAAGCGCUUGUGACACAGGAAGGAGGUACGAGCACAAACUACCAUCCACUGUUGGGGAGACAAGCAUAGCAGACUUCCAGCUUGCUUCAUUGAAGGCGUUGCUGGCAUCUUUUCUUUCUUCUCACACCCGUCCUCCUUAUUUAGCCCAAGGAAUUGAACUCUUCAGAAGAGGAAAGCUAGAGAUUGGCACUAAGCUUGCAGAAUUUUGUUCACAUGCUUUGCUGGCUUUGGAUGUUCUUACACAUCCUCGAGCACUUCCUCUAGAAUGUGUAGUUCCUUCAGGCCCUGGACUCACAUUUGGUGCACCUGAAAAGGCAACUUUCGGUACUGAAAAAUACAAGUUUUCACUAUCUGGAAACCAGUCCCAGGCUUUAGAGGAUGAUGACCCGUAUGAUGAUUGGUUGACACCCACCACGGUCGGUGAACCAACCGGUUCUCCAGCAAAAGAUAACCCUGUAGGAAAAGAGAGAGCAACCGAGAUGUCGCAAGGUGAAAGGCAAAGCACCCCUGUGGGAGAACAUCAGCAAACAGAUACAGCUAUGAGUCCUGCGGACAUACAAGACGUUCCAACGUCUGGCAAGAGUGAUACUGAAAUGGCGGAUGUGGCCACCACAGAAACGGCCAACCCAGAAACAAAGGAUGGUACUUUUAGCUCCAAUGCUGCUUCAACCCCAGUACGCACAGUGCUGCCUGAUCUCAACCAACAGGUAGCUGCCCCAGCCUUCGAGGAAGGGCACGCCGACCCUGUUGAUCAUCUUCAGAACAUACCAUCGGCUGUUGAUGCACCACUGACUGGAGGUAAAUCUGAUGAUUCUGAUGUGGAGUCAGAAGAUUCAAUGCCAGGUAUUGUCGAUGGCGACCCUGACUCUGACUAGAUUUGAAUGCUACUUUUGUAUUUUGCUUGAAAUAUUUGAUCGUCAGAAUCGUUAAUGUUGUAUUCCGUCAUUUCCCUUUGUCAAACUAGCAUUUAGAACACAGUAUGAUUAUCAAAAUCACAACAGAGCCACUUUUUGGA